CUUCUCAAUUAUUGGCGCACUGAUGAUCGCGGGCACCGUAGUUGACGUCGUUUUCGUCCAGUUUCCGGCCUGGGAAGCUGAGAUAAUCAAGAAGUCACGUGGUCUCACCCACAAGGAAAGCACGUCGUCUGAAGGACAGGAACCCAGAAAAUUGGGGCAGGAGAAGCCAGAACAAGAGGACCGGGCAGGGGAGACGUCUGCUCUCUUGGAGCGUUUCUUGAACUAUGUUCCACCAAGUCCAUUUUUGGAAAUCAUCCUGCAGGUCCUACGCUCCUUCUCCGUCUACUCCAACGCCCAGAAAAUCAUGUCUACCAAAGAGGCCCCUGGCGCCAUCGGCUGUAUUCAUGGACUCCGCUUCUUCAGCAUGACCUGGAUCGUCCUGCUUCAUAUUUACGUGAUGUUUGUGACUUAUCUAGGUGAAGUAUAUUUGUCUAGAGUUGAACGAAUCGUGAGGAAAUCAGGCGCUAGUCAAAAUAAUGAAAUCGAAGAUACUGGCAUUUCCCUGCCCCUCUAGCUAUUUGUAUCGAAUU